AUGCGUUGAUCCACGGCCUCACACCGUACAGCGAAGAAGUCGUCGUUACUGGCGUGGUUUCCACUCCAGGAUACCCCACACCGAUGCAACAAGGCACGCGGUUCAUUAAGCUGCUCCGCGCCCCUGAGUGUCACCGGGUGAGGCUUGUGGUCGAGAAGCUGGACGUAUACCAGCGCAUCGACGGCCGCUGUCUCGUAGACGCGCUCGCCAUUCGCACGUCCGGGCGUUUGGAUCAGGGCGAGAUUUUUUGCGGCCAAGAAAUAAGUUCGGGGAGAGAAUUUCUCAGCGACAACACGACUCUGAUUCUGGAUUACGUCGGCUACGAUUACGCCAGCAGCGGCAUCGUUAACAAACGCCCGGGCUUUAUUGCUACCGUAGCGCAUGUCAGAGAUCCUGCGUGCGGCGUGCAAGAGAACAUUAGCGUGGUGAGCUCGUCACCAAAACAAAACUUUAGCGCCGACAUCAUGGCUGGGAAUUGUAGUGUCGAGCUAACGAAUUCAGCGAAUAUUUUCAAUGUUCGCUCCCCCGGCUACCCUGCACCAUACCAGGGACCAGUGGCCUGCUCUCUUAAACUGCACACCAUGGAACCAAGCUAUUUGAAAGUGAAAGCCACUGAAGCCAAUUUCAGUAAACGUGACAGGCUGAUCUUCACUCUGCCCGGGGGUUCCAAUUACAGAAUAUCAAGCGCCGAUAAAAACGUCGUUCGAUCGCUAAUUUCAGCGAACUCGGACGUGUCAUUCCGGACAAUGUCCAAGUCGUCCGGGGUGUUCUCCGUAGAAGUGGAAGCCAUUGCUUCUAAUUGCCACAAAGUAAGGCUCUUUCACAUAAGAGACAUUGAUUAUUGAAUCGAGAAAUUUCU